AUGUUUGCAUUCCUCAGUGUCAACAUACCCUUGAUCAAAAUUCACCAACAUAUGCCUCCAUACAUCAAGUGCAUGAAAGAGCUGCUGAUCAAGAAAAGAACCUUGAAAGGGGGACAAACAGUGAUAAUGAACAAGGAAUGUAGUGCCCUCAUCAAGAAAGACUUACCUCUGAAGAAAAAAGAUCCGGGGAGCUUUCAUAUCCCCUGCGCCAUAGGAGAUACAAGGAUUGAUAGAGGAUUCUGUGACCUAGGAGCUAGCAUAAAUGUGAUACCUCUAUCUCUCAUGAAGAGGUUGCAAAUCAAUGAGUUCAAAUCUACAGAUGUAAUCAUCCAAUUGGCUGAUAAAACUCAGAAGCAAGCUGAGGGAGUAGUCGAGAAUGUAUCGGUCAAAGUGGGAUAUUACUUUCUCCCCACUGACUUUGUUGUUUUGGACAUGGAAGAAAGUUUCCUCCAUCCAAUCAUCCUAGGAAGACUGUUUCUAGCCACUGCUAGAACGCUCAUAGAUGUGGAACAAGGAGAGUUAAUACUGAAAAUACAUGAUGAACAUCUCACCUUCCAUGUUUUCAAACCCACACCAGAAUUUGAGCCACAACCUAAAGAGCCGAAGGAUUAUCACAACAAAAUAUGCCUGGAGGAAAGCAACAGUGAACCAGAAGCAGGGUCCCUGAAAUAA